AUGGAGUACUCCCUUCACUUUACAUUCCGAGAAGAGUGGGUGGACGAGCGGUUGUACUUCAGCAGUCCCAAACUGUCGCAUAUCGUGCUCUCACCUGGACAGAGGAUCUGGGUGCCAGAUACAUUCUUCCAAAAUGAAAAAGAUGGUAAAAAACAUGAUAUCGACACACCGAAUAUCUUGAUCCGAGUGCACAAUGGGACUGGACGAAUACUCUACUCGUGUCGCUUAACUCUCACUCUCAGCUGCCCAAUGAAAUUAGCCGAUUAUCCUCUUGACGUGCAGACUUGUGUAGUCGAUUUUGCAUCUUAUGCGUACACUACUAAAGAUAUAGAAUACGUCUGGAAGGACGAGAAACCUAUCCAAAUCAAAGAUGGUCUUCGUCAGUCACUGCCUUCAUUUUUGCUCAGCAAUGUACGAACCGGAAAUUGUACAUCCGUAACUAAUACGGGUGCCUAUUCCUGCCUACGAACAAUUAUUGAACUAAAACGAGAAUUCAGUUAUUACCUCCUACAAUUGUACAUACCUUCAUUCAUGCUUGUUGCUGUGUCAUGGGUAUCCUUUUGGCUGGACAAAGACUCCGUCCCAGCUAGAGUGACCCUUGGAGUGACCACCCUCCUCACCAUGACUACUCAAGCAUCGGGUGUAAACGCUAAUCUACCUCCAGUCAGCUACACUAAGGCAAUUGAUAUUUGGAUUGGAGUAUGUUUGGCUUUCAUCUUCGGAGCAUUGUUAGAGUUUGCGCUGGUAAAUUGGGCAGCUCGACAAGAUCUCGCGCAACAUGCUUACAGGGCUCGCCAGCAACAAAACUUACAUAUGUUUUUUAGGAAUCAGCAAAUACGACGCACUGAACUGCAUCCAUUUCAUCCGGCGAUGCAGGCACAGACGUACUUCGAAGAGUUACCGUUUUCGUGGUGGAAGAAGUUGUGGAGAAUAAGAUAUAAGGAACAUAGUAGAAGAAUAGAUCUCGUUUCUCGAGUAAUGUUUCCUUCGUUCUUUAUGAUCUUCAAUAUUACGGUAAACACAUGA